CUCUGUAAAAUCCACCCUAAAUUUGUGUAGAGCAGUUGGAUUCUGAAUACCAGUUAUGAAACCUCCCAUCAUUUCAAUCUCCUCCGACGAAGAAGACGAUGACGGAAUCUUCGAGGAAGAAGAACUAGAAUCGGAAUUCUCAUCGCAAGACGACACCGAUUAUAGCGAAUCGGACGAUCAGGAGUAUGACGAGGAGGAAGAAAACGAUGUUGAGUCGGAUGAAGAAGAAUGUUCUGAUAAUCAAGGAAGUAAUGGCAUAAAGGAGUUAAGUCUUGUAGAGUGUAAAGCAUACUUGAGGAAGCAUGGAUUGAGAUUAUCUGGCUCCAAGGAGGAAUGCAGACAGAGAAUCAAAGAGCAUGAGAGGUUAAAAGAUGCAGGGGGUGAGUCAAUAUAUCCCAGAUCAUCAUUUUCAAUUAAUUGCACUGGUGAUGCAUGCAAAGGAGACGUCGUAUUGUUCAAACAAAAAAUAAAAUAUGAUAAAGGGGCGAAUAGAGGAAAUAUAGUGGGAAAAAGAACUGUUGCUGGAAGGAUAGUGAAAGAAAGUUAUGGUGCAUCAAAGCAACAACAUACAUUCACAGUUGAAGUGUUGUGGAACAAAGGGUCGAGAAAACUCCCUGUGCUUUCUACUUUGCUAGUGAAAGGUCGCAAUCUCUACAGAUAUGGGACAUUUAGACAGCCAUGGAAGAGUGAAGCAGAAAGAUCAAAAGUUCUUGAAGAAAAACACAAGCGAGGGGAAGCAGCUAGACAUAUACGAAAAUCAAACAAGACAGAAAUUCAAAUUCCUUCCAAUAACAAUAAUAAUAAACGAAAAUUAAAAAAGACAGAAUUUCUUUCCAAUAACAAUAAAGGUAGAAAGAGACAAAGGCUAUCCAACAAAGGACCAUCUCGAAGUAAACAACCAACUCGAACACCUAAACAAAACACUACAAGUGUCCGCAAGAGGAAAACCGUACAUAUUAAAAAGACGAAAAUGCCCUUUCGAGCGGACCCAAACCGUUCGAUAUAUCCUAAUCAUCAUCGCCGACAACAAGAAGCAUCGUUGUUGCCUGUUCCAUAUGACCGCAUUUCUUCAUUUCCUAAUAUGCCACCGCUAGGGGUCUCGCGUUACACUGUUGGACAACCAUCUAGACAGAAUCCUGUCAUGUAUCCGUAUCCGUACCAGUAUCAGCCACGUGGUUACCAUCAUUACACCAUAUGAAUUACCUAUUCAUAUUUGAUUGUUUGAAGUCUAUUUUGAAACAAGUUGUAACAAGU